UGUCUGAAAUAUGUAUAAAUACGUGUUGAUUUUCAUAAUAAAACGAUCUGUUGCCUGGCCCUUGUCUUCUGUUGUUACAUUUGGUGUCGCUGCCUACCGACAAAUGAAAAGCCUAUACCCUGCAGUUUUUGAUGGAGACAUAUGGAUCUUCGGGCAGGACUUCAAGGCUUCUGCGCAGUUGAGUGGCGUUCAAGAUCUGUCAGCGAUGGAGCUGCUACUUGAGACGCUGCUGGGAGGUCGGGCGAAAGCAGCAUAUGAAGGUGUGGGCCGAAGUAUGGACGAAUGUUCGACAGGGUCAGGCAAACAGUUUCCAAAGUGGGAAGGACCAUAUAUGGUCACUUCGAGAUGGGGUUACGCAGACACAGUCGCAAUGGCGAACAAUGAGAGGCGCGUGAACGUCAGCGAGCUCCAGAAAUGGAUACAGCGAGACAAGCCAACGAUGACGCCUGCACCAAGUAGAUCAAGCCGACUUCAGUCGCACGUAUUUGACGGGGGGACGAGUGUGGUGAGAGCAGGCUGCUAGCCGAUUGGUUGGCACUAAUCUACGUUAAGGUCUAGGUCACUAAUAUGGGCCGUGAACAAGGCUGAGUCAACAACCAAUCACAGCAAAGUUAACGUGGCAAAAUAUGAUUCGCAGAUAGAGAACUCUGUUUGUCAAGGAAUCCCGAAACAACCAAUCAGAAGCCUGCGUUUGUCUACCUAAACAACCAAUCAGAUGACUGCGCUUGUCUAUAAUAAUGUUGUCUGAAAUAUGUAUAAAUACGUGUUGAUUUUCAUAAUAAAACGAUCUGUUGCCUGGCCCUUGUCUUCUGUUGUUACAUUUGGUGUCGCUGCCUACCGACAAAUGAAAAGCCUAUACCCUGCAGUUUUUGAUGGAGACAUAUGGAUCUUCGGGCAGGACUUCAAGGCUUCUGCGCAGUUGAGUGGCGUUCAAGAUCUGUCAGCGAUGGAGCUGCUACUUGAGACGCUGCUGGGAGGUCGGGCGAAAGCAGCAUAUGAAGGUGUGGGCCGAAGUAUGGACGAAUGUUCGACAGGGUCAGGCAAACAGUUUCCAAAGUGGGAAGGACCAUAUAUGGUCACUUCGAGAUGGGGUUACGCAGACACAGUCGCAAUGGCGAACAAUGAGAGGCGCGUGAACGUCAGCGAGCUCCAGAAAUGGAUACAGCGAGACAAGCCAACGAUGACGCCUGCACCAAGUAGAUCAAGCCGACUUCAGUCGCACGUAUUUGACGGGGGGACGAGUGUGGUGAGAGCAGGCUGCUAGCCGAUU